AUGAUACUAAUAAUUGUACUCCUCUAUGUUGCCUUUGUUGAAUCAACUCAUUUCUAUGGUGGAACAGUGACAUGGAAACCGGUGGAUAAUACAGCUAAUGGUUCAAAAAUAGCCAUUAUGUUCACACAAUCGUAUCAAUGGCGACGAUCUUUCGGUUCUUCAACAUACUGUAAUCAAUCCAUUAUAGUGAAUCAAUCACCAAAACUAUCCAGUGGAAGUGGAACGCUUCAAUGCACUACUACUCCUUCUAGUGCAUGCGGCUCGUAUUCUGCAUUAGAUAUCGGUGAAUAUUGUACUGACUUCAGUACUGUUGUUGAUUCAAGUUCGGGACAAAUCUCAACUAUUGAAAAUAUCACAGCUAGCUCAAGUUUUUGCGUAGCUUUUCAAGGCAAUGCUUGGAUUGGUCUACAAUCAUCGAAUUGUGGUUCAACUGGAAGAAAGAAAAGAAGCUAUACUAGCUCAAAAUCGACAACAAAAAGAACCACAGUAUCAACGACGACCAUUACCGGCUGCUACAGUACAAGUGCUGCAUGGUCUAUAGGAUGUUGUCUUGAUUUGACACUUAGACCAGAUGGGUUCAUUAAUACACCACCAGUUGCAACAAUUAUUUCACCUAUUCAAGUUCCAGUAAAUACAUUGACUAAUAUAUCUAUUCCAGUAAUUGAUGCUGAUAAUGACUAUACAAGUUGUCGAUGGGCUCAAAAGACAGCUGGUUUUGAUGAGUGUGGUGAUGUUUGUCAAACAGCACCCGGCAGUGUACUAGAUGGUGAUAAUUGUAUGUUGACAUUUAACAGUACAGGCAAAAGUGCAGGACAAUACUAUGCCGUGACAUUAAUGGUUGAAGAUUUCUAUGAUCAAUCAACAUAUACACCGUUUAGUAGUGUUCCUAUUCAAUUUCUAAUUCACAUUGUAAAUGCCUCUGUUUGUCCACUGAAACCUACGAUUAGUUCAACUCUGUCUGCAUGUACGGCAAUUCAAGUUGGUGAUACAUUUAGUUUUACAUUGACAGUUGUUCAAGGAUGUAGUGGAACUACUUUACAAGACUUCUUCACGAUGCCUCCACUCAAUAUGAUCAAAGGUAGCAUAGUGCAAGUCGGAACGACUAACACAUGGACAAUCACUGAAACAUGGACACCAACAGCAUUACAAGUGGGAUCUCAAGUCUACUGCGCUAUGGCCACUGAUAGUGCACAAAUACAAUCAGAUCAAUACUGUCUUACAUUCACAGUUGUGACUGCUGGAUCGCUUCCUUUAUGUCCGGGAGAAGCUCCACCAAACACGACUACAACGACAGCUACUACUGAAACGACCACCACCACUACUACUGACACAACUACGGCCACAACUACUACUGCCACAACGACGACAACAUCAACGACUACUACUGCUACUAUUAGGACAACAACAACUAUCACUAGUACAACAGAGUACGUUUAG